CCAAGAUUCAAAUUCCUGCCUCCAUAAAUUCGCAAUAAAAUAUAAAAUCCAAAAAUUCACCUCUCACUUUCAAUCUCCACUAUCCUUUCUUCCCAUUUAUCAGGUGAAAGAUGGCUGGAAAAGGAGGGAAAGGGCUUUUGGCAGCUAAAACCACCGCAGCUAACAAGGACAAGGACAAAGAUAAGGAUAAGAAGAGGCCAAUUUCCCGGUCUUCUCGCGCCGGUAUUCAGUUUCCUGUUGGUCGAAUUCAUCGGCAUCUGAAGCAAAGGACAUCUGCCAAUGGGCGAGUUGGGGCAACUGCCGCAGUCUACUUGGCUUCGAUUCUGGAGUAUCUGACUGCAGAAGUUCUUGAGCUGGCUGGAAAUGCGAGCAAGGAUUUGAAGGUGAAGAGGAUCACACCAAGGCAUCUGCAGUUAGCCAUUAGAGGUGAUGAAGAACUUGACACACUCAUCAAGGGAACUAUUGCUGGCGGUGGAGUGAUCCCUCACAUCCACAAAUCUCUGAUCAACAAAACAACCAAAGAUUGAUCUCAUGUCGUUUGCAACUGAACAAUUAUGCGUUUUGCGUGACUAUCUUGUUUAGGAUAAUGUAGGUCAGUUUGGUAUUUGUUGGUGCACGUCUAGGACAUCUUGGUAAGUAUGUAUAAUAUUCUGACAUCUAGGAUUGUGUUCUGUAAAACUGGUAUAUCUUUAUUUAGAGUAGGGUUGCUUUUUGUUGGAUUGUCAAGUUAAAUUUCUUAGCUUUCUCUUGAUUAAUACUUAAUUUUAUAUCUUAAUA